AGAGCAACUCACUAAGAGAAAGUAGACUGAAAAUGAAAGGGUGUCUGGUACCGCUGCUUGCAGUGCUUUUUGUUAUAUUUUCUGCGUCCGCUUCAGAGGCCAGAGAGAGAAACACACAAAAACCGAAUGAUGAAGAACUCCGUAAUCGGAAGAAAGGAAAUGAAAGGAAUAAUUGUAAACAGAGAAACUGCACUAAACAAGUGGCUGCUCAUCUGAUCGGUAUAAAUUCCACAGGCGAUACGUUGAAUUGGGAUCACACAUAUGAUAUGGCAUUCACCCACCGCAACGUACAAUACAAGAACUUCAGCCUUGUAGUCAACCAUGAUGGUCUGUAUUAUGUUUACUGCCAGAUUGGGUUCGAAGGAAAACAGGCAAAGAUCACCCUCUUCAAUGAAGUCUACGCUUUCAAACAUUCCACCGGUGUUGAAUCUGUCCUCCUUGCUGGUACGGAGUCUGUCGUCGGUCCACCCUCGGGAUCCACCACAUGGUACGCCAGUCUGAGCCAAGGAGGGCUUGCUAAACUCAAAAGUGGAGAUCGUCUGUAUGUUAAUGUUAUGCCCGCACGUCUCGUAGAUUAUAGAGAGGGCAAGACUUUCUUUGGACUCGUGAAGGUGAUGUGAAGCUUGAAGUGGAGAAAAUGAGACUUGAAGGAUCUUUUUUAGUAUUUAUAUUUUUGGUAUUAA